UCUAGGUCUUUAAUUCUACACAGUUGAUAUUUUGUUUCUCUCUUUGAGAACGGAUAUUGAAUGGAACCCUAACAGAAAAAUAGGAGUGAGGUUUGAAACAGGAGCUUGUAUCUGUCUCAAAAUCUGAGUUACUCAGUAAGAAGCUCAGGUAACAUCAUUGUCCUUCAAUCCUUUGCCUUUUCAAUUUUUAGGAUUUUUCUUCAAUUUGAAAAGCUUAGGUGUUUUUCACCUCAUCACCAUGUUGAAUAAACUUCUGUACUUGAAAUGUGUCACUUCCACAGCAACAUCACCUUACCCUUUUAUCCACCACUACCCAUUCCUCUUUUCUCUCUGUUUCUGCACUGCCACUUCAAAUUCACGCUCAUUUGCGGUAUCCUACCUCAUUGACAACUUUGGAUUCUCUCCUGAAUCUGCUUCCAAAACAUCUAAGUCCUACAAUAUUUGUUUCCAGACCUCAGAAAAGCCCGAGACAGUGAUCAGGUUCUUCAGAAAUAACGGUUUCUCUAAUAUCCAAAUAAACUAUAUGGUUAGAAGGUUACCAUGGUUGCUUUCCUGUGACCCAUGCAAAAGGGUAAUGCCAAAGCUUGAAUUUUUUCUCUCAAAGGGUGUUUCUAGCUCUGAAAUUGUUGACCUAGUGAAUAAGUACCCUACAGUACUGGGUUCAAGCCUGAAGAAUCAGAUAGUUCCAAACUAUGAAUUGAUAUAUAAGUUCUUGCAAUCUGAUGUGAAGACUAUUGGUUGUAUGCUUAAUAAUUCAUUUUUCUGUCGGGGCGAUCUACUAGCACACAACAUCAGAUUGUUGCUGGAGAAUGGAGUGAGAGAAUCGAACAUUGCAAGAUUGCUUGGGAACCGUAGUAAGGGGGUCUUUGGCUCAAAUGAUAUCAUUAAGUUGGUGAAGGAAUUAAAUGAUUUGGGAUUUGAUCCUUCAAAAGCAACUUUUGCUAUAGCGUUGAAGGCCAAGAAAGAAACGAGUCCUUCCCUGUGGAAGCAGAAAGUUGAUACCUUCAAGAAAUGGGGUUGGUCUGAUGAAGCGGUGUCUGAAGCAUUUAGGAGGCACCCUCACGUUAUGUUGACAUCUAUUAAAAAAAUAAAUGCUGUGAUGAACCUUUGGGUCAAUCAGUUGGGAAGGGAUGCUUUGGAACUUGUCCAUUGUCCAAAGAUUUUCGGUUUGAGUAUGGAGAAGACAAUCAUUCCAAGGGCCCGUGUUGUCCAGCAUUUACUUGCUAAAGGCUUGAGGAAAAGUGCCAACUUUGUUUAUCCGAUUUCUGUUUCUGAAAAGCUAUUUCUUGCAAGGUUUGUGACAUGUUUUAAGGAGGAAUCAUGUCAACUAUUAAAGCUGUAUCAGGAAAAAGUUAGUGUUCAAGGAAAAGAGGAGGUUGGUGCAGCAUGGGGCAGUUCUCAAAUUGUUAACACAUGAGGACAAAUUUGUCUGGUUCAAGCUUGCUGUCUAAGUUAAACUACUUGAUGGGUAAUGCAUCAAAUGACAACAUCCGGAUACACCAUUGUAGUUUGUAUGGUCACUUGUGAUGGUUAAGUGUGUCUGAGUGAGAUCAUACUAACUACGAUCAGUAGCUUACUUCCUGCUUUAGUUAUGAAUUUCAAUCAUCAGGUUUGAUCUGGAGAAAACUUAUCUUCUGGAAAUGGUGCUUUCAAAGCUUUUGACCCUUGGGGGACAGGCUUCAAUAUCAUUCAAUUUAUGUGAAAAAAAGCCAUGUCCUUAUUUGCUCCAUAGUUGUCAAUUGGUCAUGUCAAUCUGAUAGGGCACAUGUCAGACAAAUUCUUUGCUUGGAGAAAGAUGAAGAAAAUAUAAGCGUGUUAAAUGACAGAAUCAUCUAGCUGCAAGAACUUGUUACUGUUUUACUUUAUGUCAUUGAAUUUUUUUUCUUUUUCUUCAUGGACUGUAUUACCAUAGUAUGAGCUUUUAUUGUAGGUAUAAAUAGUUUGUCUUCAUGUUGAACAAGUAUUGCUAAUUCGAGUUUAAUUGUUACUUAAUU